GCCACCUUUAACAUGAUUCAUUUGUAUGUUUAGUGUUCUGCUGUCAUUAUACAUGGGGUCCCAAAAUUAUUUUGUAAACACUUGGAGAGUGAACAUCGCAUUCGUAAAUCUUGAUAUGCAUUUUAUACGCAAUAUGCAAUGCCUAACAAAGAAGUUCGAUGUUUUACAUGGUUAAUUUCAUUGAAAGCUAUGUUUAACUUUCAAGGAUAACAAGACAGUAUUUGGAACGCAACUUUCCUUAUUCUUCAAAUUAUACUAUUUUUUUUUAUUUUCACUGACGCAAUGAUUGCGAAAACUUUUCUUAUGGUAUUAUGCAUAACAAGUCUCUUUUACAUUUUUUACGUUUUACGUAAAUUAGUGUAUUUCCUUUCUGAUCCGAAUGAACAUCGGAAAACUCUACUUCUAUCUAUCGAAGAUGGGAAUCUAAAUUUAUCCACAUUAUGGUCAUUAUUAAUAAACUCUUGUUUAUUAAGUAUUUUCAUAUUGCAACAUUCGUUUAUGGCGAAUGCUACAGUAAAAAAUGUAUUAAAAAAGUUAUAUAUUAACGAGAUAGAAAGAAGUUUUUAUAAUACAUGCAGUGCAGCUACUCUUUGUUUAUUACUGGACAAUUGGCAAUUUAUACCAUGGAUUAAUAUUUGGAAUUUAAAUAUAUCUAAUAAUAACAUAUUGUGGUCAAUGUUUAUAUUUAUACAUGUUCUUGGCUGGUGUAUCAUAUAUGGAGGAUGCUUAAUAAUGGAUAUUUCAGAAUUGGUUGGCUUUAGGCAAGUUUAUUAUAAGAUUACAGCAAGGCCUAGUCCUAUGAGUAAAAAAUCUAAAGAAUUACAACGAUAUUAUGCACAUAUGAGACAUCCCAGUUUCAUUGGUUUUCUUAUAAUUUUGUGGGUACAUCCUUUUAUGAGCCUUGACAGAUUUCUAUUGGCUUCAAUAUUUACAAUUUAUAUGUUAUUAAGGUGGGCUAUAGAUAAAGAAGAUUAUCAAUAUCAUGCUCAUGUCCUUAGAUGCAAACAGAGAGAAUGCUUUUUUUAAUAUUUUUGUAUACUAAAAUAGGAAAUGAGCAAGUGCUUUGAGGAUGCUUCAAUUUUAUAUAAGUAGAUGUAAUAUAACUGUAUGUUGGUGUAUGUAUUAAUAUUGUAUUAACUGUGUCUAUGUAUUGUAUAUUUAUUUAUUAUAAAACAAAGUAAAAGUUAUAUUAAUUACGAGAAAUGUUAUUUUAUUAGAAUAUUAAAUUAGAACUAUAAUGAAAUACAUAAAUAAUUAAUUUGGUAUUUCAAUUAGUAGAGCUGUUCCUUUCAAUAUCCAAUAUGAUUGUUGUUGAGCUGAUGGGAGUAAUAGAGGUAAAACAAAGUUAGUACUAUGUCCUGUCGUAGAUAAAACUCCUGCACGUAGACUAGUUUUAUAUAAUGGACAAACAUAUCUUGAAUCUUGUUCUGGUAAUUGUAAAACUGGAUUCACAUGUAUAACUGGAAGCCAAGGAUGCAUUUCACCUGUAAUAUUAAUUAUAACAUAAUAGUAA